AUGGCAGGCGCCCGGGACCCCCCCCAGGACCGGCCCACGGUGCUGGCACGAGUGGACGGGAGCGCGCCCCGCUGCACCCAGGUGCCACCCGAGGGGGGGUCGUGCCCCCCACUCCUGCAGGUGCAGCACCCCGGGGUGUUGGUGAUGCGAACUCGGCUGCCCCCAGCGCACGGGCUCCCCGGCUUGGAAUGGGGCCCCAAAGACCCCCCUGGCCGCGAUAGAGACCCCUCCCCAGCCCCCGCCGGCAGCGAGCCCCCCGCGCCGCCCCCCGGCGCUGCGCAGCCCCCCAGGCCCCCCCGCCGUGAGCCGGGGGAGGUGGCUCAGUGCCUGCGGCAGCUGGAGAGGAUCCAGGAGCUGGAGCAGCAGCUGGCCCGCGAGCGGCACCGCCUGGGGCUGCUGCAGGCGCAGCUCCUCCGGAGGGGCCCCCCCAGCACGGGGCUCCCCGGGAAGGGCCAGGCUGGGCUCCCCCCGAUUUGGGGUCCCGCAGCCCCCCCCGAGGCAGAGGGGGACCCCGAGAUGCUGCUGCCGCCCCCAGGGCACCCCUGGGAGCGUGGGGGGCUCUACCCAGAAUUGGAGUAUUACCGGCUCAGCACGGCGCGGCCCCCCUACACCUACGCCACGCUCAUCCGCUGGGCCAUCCUGGAGUCCCCGCAGCGGCAGCGCCCCCUGGCGGAGAUUUACCACUGGUUCAGCCGCAGGUUCGGCUUCUUCCGGCACAACACCCGCACCUGGAAGAACGCCGUGCGCCACAACCUGAGCCUGCACAAGUGCUUCGUGCGGGUGGAGGCCGCCCGCGGCGCCGUCUGGACCGUGGACGAGGCCGAAUUCCGGCGCAAACGGGGCCAGCUCUACCCCAGGGAUUGUGACCUCAAGUACUUUAUGCCGCCCCGGAGCUGAUGAGGAACCCCAAAACCACCCCAAAAACACCCCAAAAUCACCUCCAAGACCCCCCCCCCAAAAUCCUCCCCACCCACGAGCAACACGACACCCCCAAACUGCUGCACCGGGAUUUAUUGAAACCAUAAAGGAACCGUUCUCCCUCCCA